AUGUACCCUGUCUCACCAACUCUGUUACGAUGCCUUCCCUAUUGCGAUGGUAGAUGCAGUGCUUGCUGGAGCACGAAGAAGCAGUCCUUGCGUGGCAACAAUGCCUGCAUCUUACUCCCAUGGACACAGCCACUAGAGGCCAAGGAACCUUGCCCGAAAUGA